CUCCUUCGCGGCGCGCGCAUGCGCAGCGCGGGCGCGGCGGGGCCGGCGGAGGUUUCAUCCCAGAGAAGCCUGUCCUCACUCCUGUAUGAAUGUUCCAGGUUUCUCUCAUUUUCCAUUCUUACUGAGAGAAUUGUCAGCAUGGACACCCUGGAUUUUGAGGAAGCAGCAGCUUUCCCUGCCCAGCAUUCCCAUGCUUCAGGCAGCGAGAAAGAGGAACUCCCUGAAUCUCCUUGGACUCACUGAGGCAGAACUGGAAGAACAGUUUGUGAGAGGUGAUGGCCCAGGGGGUCAAGCCACAAAUAAGACAAACAACUGUGUUGUCCUGAAGCAUAUUCCAUCUGGGAUUGUAGUGAAGUGUCAUCAAACAAGAUCAGUGGAGAAGAACAGAAAGAUUGCCAGAGAAAUCCUGCAGGAAAAAGUUGAUCUUUUCUACAGAGGUGAAGAGAGUGAUGUUUAUAAAGAGAAAAAAGCAUCAGAGAAGAAGAAGCAGGAGAAAAAAAGAAGAGCAAAGGAAAACCUGGAAAGGAAAAAGCUUUUUAAAGAGGUGCAACUACUGGAUAAGAAAUGAACAUGUGAAAUACUGACUUGCCCUAGUGGGGUAAGGGAAAUAUGUCAUUAGACCUGAACACACCUUUCAGACUAACACGAUGUGGGGCUUCAGAGGCACAGCUGAAACACCCAGUGCUGACCUGCUGUUGCUGUAAAGGGAUAAAAGCACUCAGGUAUUCCUGCUUCUGUCUGCCAUCAUCUCAUUAAUCACACUUAGCAAUCAGUUGUUCUGCCAAGUUCAGAAGAUAAAAGAAUCCUUGUUAAAAAGGAACUGUAAACUUUCCGCUGUUGUUAAGGGAGACAAAAAAAAAAAAUUCAGUAGAUUUCUUUCUGCCCAGGUGACACCUUGGGAUGCUUUGUAGGGGCUCCAGCACACGAGGAAAACAGCACUAAAAGGUUCUCACUUCCCAUCCUUACUCAGGCAAUGCCUUCAGUGACAUAAAUCCUUUAUAAACCAGGUUUAGAUACUGGUUGUGCUGGUGUGAACUGACCUGCUGAUGGAAGAGACACCAGUCACUGGCUGCCUCCUCCAGAUGUGUCACCUGAACAAAUGCUCUGUCCUGCUCAGCUCUGAGCAAAGUUUAAACAGCAGCUUUACAGACCUUACCUGCAGUGGUGCUGAGCACUGGGUGCAGGAAGGAGGGUCUCUCCUCAAGUGAGGGCUGGGCAGUCAUUUCUUCCAGUUCAGAGGUAAAACUGGGUCAUUACAGAUAAGGAACAAUGUUUUUGGAAGCUGCCUCCCCAGGCAACAGGGUCCAGUUCAUCCAAGCUGUGAAUUAAUUAACUCUUUUUCAAGUUUGCCUCUUAAUACUGUAUUGGUCUGUAUGUAUUGGCCAUCCCAUUUUCUUUAGGAUUUAGAUUUUUUUUUUAUUUUAUAAUAGUGAAUUAGUCAUUUAUUAUGUUUAUGCCAUGCUGCAGUUAAAUUUGGGCAUGUUGGUAUCUUCACUCAUUUUGAGUUUCCCAUUUUAAACAAACAGAUGCAGCUGCAUUUCCUUUCUCACCUACUUUGAAGUCACUGCUGAGGUGCAGUUUCCUGGUUUAACCCCGUUAACAACUCCCACCUGCUUAACCAGAGCUUCUCUUUCAUUUUUGGACAGCACCCUCACCAGCUGCCACCAAGUUUUGGCCUUCACCAAUGACCCAAAGCCAGAGUAUGGAUUUUGAAAACAGAGACCUAGAACUCCACCUCCUUUUCCCAGAGACUGACUGCAUCCCAACAGUGCCAUGGAUGGAGACUCAGCAGCAAACUGCAGCCCCUUCCCCUGUCCUUUCCUGAACUCCUGCAUGAAGGUUCAAUUUUUAUCUGUGUGACACUUCUUGUUUGUGGAGUGUAAAUCUGAUUAAAGUGACUGUACAUAGUUUUAAUACAAACUGUUAAUGAAAAUAAGCUUUAUUACGUCAAGUAAUAAAUACAUACAAAGAUGCAAA